UGAAAAAGACGUUUUUACUUUGUGCACGUAUAGUUUUUCCCAGAUUUCAGCCACUUGACUAAUUCGAUACUCGACGACGUGUGAUGACGUGUCGAACAUUAGCCCCAUUACGGAGUCAAACAUCAGUCUUCAAGUCUGGGUACUCGUUCAAGUUUUGUCGCCUACUUUAGCCUAACCUAGCCUAGCUGGCCAACCGGCAACACAGCUGCAAGGCACGACGUCAAGCGUUCAGAAAUCAAAAUAUGUUCGCGAGAACUACACCGGCUGCAUAUAAGUUCCAAGAGGAACUUUGUGAAGUAAAAGAGGAGCCCCCACGUCACAAGGAUUCGACUGUGUGCAAAAUAAUGCACGCAAAGGUUGUUCUUCGCAGACUCGAAGAUCUAUAUGUCAGCCAAGCCCAUUAUCCUGAGCAACCGGAGUCUGCAUGCAUCAAGGACGAGGAGGAAGAGUCGCCAUCCAUUAAGAAGGAGGAAGAUUUCGUACACAUUAAAGGUUUCAGAAAACAUCUUGGUGCUGAGCGGCAGGAGCCAGAAUCUCCUGGCGAUAAAGAGGAUGUUGAGCUCCCCCAAAUCAAAGAGGAGGAGCCAGAGCCCUGUCAACAGAAGCAACUUUCAAUCAAAAAGGAGGAAGAAGAGCUGCCAUGCGUUAAAGCGGAGAAAGAGGAGGAGCAUUUGAAGCACUUGAGGAUUGAAGAUGGUCCGAGUGAGACUGGCGGGGGCGCAGAGCCUCCAAGUGGCUGCAGCAGCAGCUCAACGGAAGGAUUGCAGGCAGACAAUUUCAUCGCUUCAUCAGACAGAAGUGGCACCACAUCACACUCACCUUACAAUGAUGAUGGUUAUAAGAAAUCUCACCGUGACGACAAACUCUGCAAAUGCUCUCAGUGUGAAAAAACGUUUGCUUGUCAUGCGCAUAUGAGGAGGCACACUGGCGAAAAACCUUUUUCCUGCUCAGUUUGUGGUCAAAGAUUCGCUCUAAAGAAAUGCUUGAAAGUACACACAAGAACCCACACUGGCGAAAAACCUUUUUCCUGCUCAGUUUGUGGUCAAAGAUUCGCUCAAAACACAACCUUAAAACGACACACAAGAACCCACACCGGUGAAAAACCUUUUUCCUGCUCAGUUUGUGGUCAAAGAUUCGCUCAAAAAAUAACCUUAAAACAACACACAAAAAUCCACACUGGCGAAAAACCUUUUUCCUGCUCAGUUUGUGGUCAAAGAUUCGCUCAAAAGAAAUACUUGACAGUACACAAAAAAACCCACACUGGCGAAAAACCUUUUUCCUGCUCAUUUUGUGAUCAAAGAUUCGCUCAAAAAAAAUCUUUGAAAGCACACAUAACAACCCACACUGGCGAAAAACCUUUUUUCUGCUCAGUUUGUGGUCAAGGAUUCUCUCUAAAUCAACACUUACAACGUCACGAAAGAACCCACACUGGCGAAAAACCUUUUUCCUGCUCCGAUUGUGAUCAAAGAUUCAGUCACAAGAGCACCUUAAAAACACACACAAGAACACACACUGGCGAAAAACCUUUUUCCUGCUCAGUUUGUGAUCAAAGAUUUACUCAAAAGCAUCACUUGAAAGUACACAUAAGAACCCACACUGGUGAAAAACCUUUUUCUUGCUCAGUUUGUGGUCAAAGAUUCGGUUACAAGAGCACCUUAAAAAAACACAGAAGAACCCACACUUGCGAAAAACAUUUUUCCUGCUCAGUUUGUGGUCAAAGGUUCGCUCAAAGGCAGCACUUGAAAGUACACCGAAGAACUCACACUGGCGAAAAACCUUUUUCCUGCUUAGUUUGCGGUCAAAGAUUCGCUCGAAAGGAUCGCAUGAAGAUACAUGUGUGUGUUGGUUUGAGAAGCAGUGGGCAAUGACUGUUUUGCCUGUAAUCCAUGCUAGCUUCAUCAGAUUUUGCACGCAGGAGAGGUUAGGGUUGGGGGUUACGUUGGUAUUCGUGGUACUUUAUUUUUGUGAUUGCAUUUUUUUUUGCUAUUUUCUCUUACCUUUUCUGGCCAUCAACGGCUUUUCCUUGGUUCUCUCGCCGACUGGCAUUAUUUAUAUCAUAAUCUCCCAUUCAAACUUCACUUUUCACAUUUAUAUGUUAAACCGCAGACCCCAAAUUCCAAAAAUUCAAAACCAUAAAUAUUGUCAUUAAAUUAAGAAGGAAAAUUACAAUAUAUUGUUCAGUAUUGCAAAAAUACUAAUUAUAAAAAAAUCAAUUCUGGCUCACAAAUGAGAUUUUUGUGUGGGGCUUAAUGUAAAUAUUUUUUAUAAUUUACUAUUACUACUCGUGAUUGACAGGAGUUAUUCGGGUAAUUAGCUUUACUUUUUGGGCACAUACCUAAACAGGAGUGUGAUAUUACUGCCACUCCUCCACCGCUGCCAGUGCUUCUAGCUGUGUGGAAAUUCAUGUGACUUGGUGAUGCGGGAAAAUAUUACAUUAUGCUUUUGUAAUGUAUGAUUGUUUCUGUGACAUAGAUUGUAACAACUUCUAUUGUUUUUCACCUUGUUCCCAUAGUUAGGAGACGCGCUUGAGAAUCUCAUGAGAUAACUUGUUUUCCACCAUAGUAUUGUUUUACUACACGCCUGGGUCCCAUAGAGAUAACUUGUUUUGCACCCAUAAUAUUUACCACUUGUUGACAUUUGUUGCAGCACAGCUCAUUUGUUCCCAUGUGAAAAUCCCUUUUCCAAGGGGCCUGAACCAAAAGUAACUUUAAUGUUUGUCAUUGGGUGGCCGCGCAACUCGGGGGCGGAAGUUGGCCUCUCCGCCCCUGUGGGGCGCGUCCUUACAAAAAUCUGACAUUUCCGGGCCUCCGGUGAAGUCGGCUGGGGAUCAGACGCGCGGGUCGCCCAGCUUUGUCCCUUUCGUCGCUUUUACUGGAGUGUUGACCUGGGUUCCCACUCGUUUGUCACGGUCAGCGAUUUUCAUUUCUAAGGGAGACACUGAUGUGCUGUAAAAGUAACGCGGGGGUGUGAGGUUGGCAAACUCAGACUUAGCGUGAGGUUACUACUUGCUGUGCUUGUUUUUGAUACCUGUUUGCUUGCUC